UCGUAUAAAUUUUGUCCAAGAGCAAAAAAGUCUUAGAAGUGACUAUUACACAAGCCCUGAAAGUUUCAAACGAUUUGGUGAAUGUUGUGUUUUUUUGUCACAAGUACCAUGGAAGUAGCCAUAUACAUCAUUCUUAUAGCAAUAUAAGUGAAAUAUAAUAGCUAGCUCGAUAUCCAUGCAAAUAUUUAAACUUGAAUAAUAUUUAGUACAUCUGCGAAAAACAAUAUAUCAUUCGAUUAGUUGUGAUCCUGACUAAAAUUACAAAAAAAUAACUGAAAAAAUCAUUUUUUUUGUAAUAUGCAGACCACCGCAACUCAUCAAUGGUACUUUAUGUUCACGAAUAUUUUUAGUGUUUUAUUAGUCUCACUGAGAUCUAUUCAUAGUCAAAAGAUAGAAUCGAAAGCUCGGAAAUAGUUAAGAUACUUUCCUUGUAAGAUAGUUUUCAUUUAUUAGGAUAUUGAUAUUUCAAAUGAAUUAUCUUAAUGAUGAUACUGUUUUUUUUAAUAGAAAACAAUACCUAAUCUGACUGUAUUUUCAAUAACCACCGGUGUUGCACGUGGAUAUGAUAGUCAAGUACUAUUACUUCUUCAUCAUAUGCCAAAUCUAAAAAAUCUUACUCUCUGUCUUAAUAUAAUUCGAAUGAGAUUUAUUGAUGGCAUUCAUCUUGAGAAAGAAAUUCUGAGUCAUCUAUCACAAUUAACUACAUUCGUAUUUCAUAUUCGCACAAUUAUGCCACUCUUACAUUCAUAUCAUCAUGCGUUAGCUGAUGAUGUUCAAAAUACGUUUAGUCAUUGGAAAUAUGGUUAA